GGGAAAGCUUGACCCCACAUAUACUCUGCCUUCCAGACAGGCUCUAAAGAACAUGGUGGGAGAGAAAUAUGAGGAGGAGAAGGCCAAAGCCAAGGCUCAACUGCAGCAUGUGGAGGCAGUUAGCCUGACCUCUGAUAUGUGGACCUCCACGAAUAUGGAUGCAUAUCUGGCAGUAACUUGUCAUUUUGUGCAGGACAAUAUGAAGUUGGCCACUUUACUCUUAGGAGUGCUGCCUUUCCCCCAAGACCACACUGCUGAAAACAUCGCCGCUGCUCAGAAGUCUCUGAUGGUGGAGUGGGGACUUGAGGGGAAGGUUCAAUGCAUGGUGACUGAUGCUGCCGCAAACAUGGUCUCCACUGCUAAAAAACUAGCAAUGCGACAUGUUGUUUGCAUUGCACAUGCAUUAAAUCUUGUAGUUAAAAAAUCCCUGGAUCAAACCCCUGGCCUAGAUGAUCUGCGCACAAAGGCACGGAAAGUAGUGACUUAUUUUAGAUCAAGCACUACUGGAAAAGAAAAGCUGAAACAUGUGCAACAGCAAAUGAACUGUGCCGUGAUGAAGCUAAUUCAGGAGGUGGACACGCGCUGGAACAGCACCUUUUUGAUGUUGCAGCGAUUACAUAAUGAGAGGCAGACAGUCGGGGCAGCUCUGGCAUCACUUAAGACAGAUGCUCAUCCACUCUCAUCUGAGGAAUAUGAGACAGUCGCAGCGUGUCUCAAAGUGCUCUCCCCGUUCUUUGCAGCAACUGUGGAACUGUCCCAGGAGAAGAGAGUGUCAGGCUCCAUGGUGAUUCCACUGGUAAAAAUGUUAUUUCAAGCAAACAGGGAAGUCAUACAGAACACCACCAAUAUAACAGCAACACUUCUUGGACAGAAUAUAACUGCAACCCUGAUAAAGAAGUUUGACAACCUAGAGAGCUCGACUGUCCUGUCACUCGCCACACUGCUGGAUCCCAGGUUUAAGGCCAUCGGUUUUAACAGUUCAGAAAAGGCCCAAAAUGCUGUACGAAAACUUACAGCUGAAUGUGCAGCACUGGUGAGGAACACACGAGUGGAGACUUCAUCAGAUGAUCCUUCAUCUUCUGCUCCACCUCAACCAGCAACAAAUGCACAAAAUCCGUCCUCCACAGCUUUCAACCUCUGGACACGUUUGGAUGAAGAUGCGACAUUGGCAAGAGCUCACAGGAGUCAUACAUCGGAUGCUACAAUUGAAGUGCAGCGAUAUAUGACUGAUCCUCCAGUGCAUAGAUCGGAGGAUCCUCUCACAUACUGGAAUGAGCACAAACAUGUGUAUCCACAUUUGUUCACGUUAGCUAAACAAUAUUUGUGCAUUACAGCGUCAUCUGUUCCUUGUGAACGUGUUUUUUCAAAAGCUGGAGAAGUUGUCAGCAAAAAAAGAAAUCGAUUGAGUCCAAAAACAGUGGAAAAACUGCUAUUCCUCAAUAAAAACCUCUGAAUUCAUCCCCAAGUUACACAAGCACAGCCCACCUUCCCUGCACCUACUUUGUUUCCUCGACCACACCCUCUCUCAAUCCCAGAUACUAGUUAACCUUGUCUACUGAAUAAGCUGAAUAUAAUAUGUUCAGCAGUAAACAACCAACACUGUCUGUCACAACGGCAAUCACUGGCAUGUUGUCUAAUAUUUCACCACUAGAUGUCACUGAAAUGAACCUUUGAAUGAAUGAACCCAUGUUCAAUACAAUUGGCAAAGUGGUUCAAUACUGCUUUAUUGCUUCAUUUGAGC